CAAACGCGGAUCCCCAUAUUUACGCGUUGUCAGUACCAAGUUGCCGAUGUAUCGACCGAAGCGGAAGACUGCUUAUCAACCAUUGCAACACGCUCAGUUGUGGUUGAACUUAUCAUCCAACAAUUAAUAAUUGGCCGUGCUAUCCUCUCUUCCGUUCACAGUCGGCGGUUAUUCUUUCGUGCGCGUCGUUUUGGUUCGGCGACGGGGCUAAACAAGAUCAAUAUGUUGAAUCGUUCAAGGCGAGAGGCUCCCCUCGACAGGGACAGCUCCGAAGAAGAGCGCAAGCCGACAGUAUCCCCGGUUAACGAACAGCAAACAUCCCUCGUCGUGAACCCCAAAGCGAUCUUUGGGUCCGAUCAGCCGUUACCCCAACAUCUUACCGAUAUACUAGAAAAAUGGCACAAAGAGAAAGGCACGAAACGGCCGCCCUGUAACACUCAAAGGCCUGCGAAACAGAUGGAAUGGAAAACUUUCGAUCGCCAGGGAAAUCAUGUGAACCUCUCCGCGUAUGCGAUCAUAAAGCCCACCGCCUAUAAUGUCCUAGUGCUUCAUACUGCUGAAGGGCCUGAGAAGAUCGUGUCUUCUUACUUUCCUUUCGGCACGGGACAUGGUACCUACCUGAUCGGUUGGUCGGGGGUUCACGAUGGGUGGGAUCCUACAAUCUGUGCCGUGCGGAUGUUCUCGAAUAACCUAGACGACAUUCUUUAUAAGCCUGAGGUGUGGCCCGCAUUUGAAGUUCUUGAGAAGCGUCACAACAAGACGCAGGCCCCGACCUCACGAGCUAGCGAGAAACGAAGAAGUCUCCCGGGAGGGUCGCAGAUGCAAAUACCGCAAAGGAGGCCACAGAGAAAGAGCCUAUCAGGACCACCAGUCGCUACACAUGAUCAUAGGGCCAACAAUGCACAUGAAAUAUCAUCUUCGUCAUCAUCGGCAGAGGGAGAGUCAGACGAAGAAGACGAUACUUCAGGGUCUUCAGAGUCUUCGGAGGACGAAGAGGACGAAGAGCCCGAGCCUACACCUGUAUCUAAAAGGCGCCGAUUGAACGAGCCUGGCGUACCUGCUCUUCAGGAUGCCAAGGUGGUUUUCAAGUUGUUCUCGUAUAAAUCUGGAGCAGUUCGCUGCUUUCCGUUGGACGAGUGCCGGACUGGGAAGGAGUUCUUCGACAAGGCCCGGAUCUUUUUCCAACUUUUUGAUAAAAACGCCGAGGUGAAGAUCCUGUCAUGCCAAAUACAAUCCCAGCCUCUACAGCAGUAUGUGUUUGAGGGUAGUGAAGGUGAGUUUACUCUGCUUGUGGAUCAAGCUAAGUCCUUGACUCGCGAUGAGCUUGUGAUUGUAGAGGUCAGUCAUGUUUUAUCACUAUCGCCUCACUGACCUGGAUAUUGUAUGGUUACAAUGUUGCUGUCCAUAAGACCGGUUGUAACAUGUGAUAGAGUCAUGACUAACUAAUUGGAGUAAUGUACCUUUGAGAAUGAAUAUAAUUGAGCGUUCACUAUCG